UUAACCAAUAUAACCUUGUUGAACUCUGCUUUCUCGGUCACUAACAGUAAGUGUUUUGUGAUGGCGUCCUUUAUUUUUCUUCUAGUACUUUUGCAGAUAAAUUAUGUCAGUAGCGAGCUGGAGGAAAAUGGGCAGGUUCCCUACGCGUGUGCUACCCCAGGGCCUAUAAAUCACGGGACCGUCCUGACUUGGGGCGGUAAUCUCUUGGUGGAGUACAUUUGUGACGACGGCUUCUUCCCGAUCGGGGAUGUGUUUGGGGCCUGCAUUGAGGAGGAGGGGAAGUGGACCAUUAAUUCCCCCAUAUGUGUAGCUAAGGGUUGCGCGAUUCCCCCCGCUCCGGUGUAUGGUUACGUUAGCAUGGAUGACGAAGGACAAAUCGCUAAAUUCACCUGUGGACGGAGUCACUAUUUGCUGGGGGCCGCCGAAGUUUUCUGUGAAGGGGGCGGACUAUGGAGCAGUCCCUCACCAAAAUGCAUCGGUCCAGGCAGCCGGAACCCGAGCACUGAAAAGCUGAGGGUAAAGAACGAGACAAAAGAAGUAUCUGUUGAGCAGCCUCCAUCUAUAAACUUUACCGCGGAAAUCAGGGAGGCAGACGGCACAUGCAUCCACCAGCGUUAUAGGACCCCUCCGCCCAUUCCCCACGCCACGGCUGUCACCCCUUACCACUACAACAAAUACAAAAGAGUGUGGGUCAUUUACGCUAACUACACCUGCGAUGAGGGUUACCACUUCCAGAGCAAUCACUCCAGAUACAUGUUCUGUCAGAGCUACAAGUGGACCUCUCCAGACCAACCCGUGUGUCUCAAAGAUGUAAUCCAUCCGUGCGUGAGGGAUAACGGAAACUGUACCCAGCUGUGUAUCCCGGGGGAGGGGUUGGACUACUUCUGUGACUGUUACCGUGGAUACGGGCUAGUGAAGGACGGCAAAACGUGUGCUGAUAGGGACGAAUGCGUCAUUGACAACGGUGGCUGUGAACAAGAGUGCCGGAACACCGUAGGCUCGCGAUACUGCCUAUGUAGACAAGGCUAUGUAGCCGUAGGCAACGUCUGUUUUGAUAUUGAUGAGUGCCAGGAAUACAGAAAAAAUCUCUGUCCUGGUGAAUGCAUCAAUACACCUGGAUCAUUCACCUGUAACUGUAGUAUCCCAGGCUACUUACACAGUCCCACAGACAAAUUCUGUGAAGAUGUAAAUGAGUGUAAGGAAAACAAUGGAGAUUGUCAGGAAAUCUGUGUCAACACUGUAGGGUCAUAUCACUGUGAGUGUGGGGAGGGGCUGAAGCUAGAGGUGGACGAUCACAACUGUACAGAUGUGAACGAAUGUGAGGAAUAUGGCCCCCAGAUCUGUAAGAAUGGAGACUGUAUAAACUGGAGUGGGGUGUAUCAGUGUCUCUGUCACCAUGGAUACCAGCAACACAAGGAUGGCAUACACUGCACAGAUUUAAAUGAAUGUUUGGAUGGAAACAAUGGAGGUUGUCAGGAUCUGUGUGUUAACACUGUGGGUUCCUACCACUGUGCCUGUUCCUGGGAAGGGUACCAGCUAGACCGAAAUAAAACAGAAUGUAUAGAUGUUGAUGAGUGUGCCGCAGACAAUGGUGGAUGUGAGAACUUGUGUAUCAAUACAUAUGGUGCUUUUUAUUGUUUCUGUGAGGAUGAAGGGUUUGUGGUUCAUGAGAAUGGGAAAAACUGUACAGCUUGCAGAAACCACCAAUUCAUUGAUGACAGGAAAAAACUGUGUAUAGACUGCCCAGAGAACUCCAUAGCAACACAGACCCAUAUAGCCUAUUCCUUGAAGGAUUGUUAUUGUGACAGUGGUUACCAAGGAGACCCAGGAAGUGGCCUGGAUUGUCUGGAUAUAAAUGAAUGUAUAGACAAUACAUUGAACUGCUCUGGAGGAUGCUUGAACCUGCCAGGAAAUGCCAUCUGCACGUGCCCAAUGGGCUUCUUCCUGGAAAAGGACAACAUGACUUGUAGUGAUGUGGAUGAAUGCCUUAGCCAUGAUGGAGGGUGUGAGGGGACGUGUGUGAAUACCCAGGGGUCCUAUCACUGUCUCUGUCCAGUGGGGUACGAACUUAACUUUGACAACCACACAUGUCUCGACAUAAAUGAAUGCUGGCUAAACAACUUCAACUGUCUCCAUGAAUGCAUAAAUCUUGCUGGCAGUGCUGAAUGUGCAUGUUACCAGGGUUACGACUUGCAGGAUGAUGGGAAAUCUUGUGUCGAUGUAGAUGAAUGUGCUGAGUCAGGAGUAUGUGAGGACACUUGUACUAACACGGACGGAUCCUUCCGGUGCAUGUGUACAGACUCUGGCUACAAACUGUCCUGGGAUGACUCCUCAUGUUCUGAUAUCAAUGAGUGUAUGGAGGGCGAGAACGACUGUGAAGAUCACUGCAUCAAUGUCCUUGGCUCGUAUCGCUGUGAGUGCACUCAGCCCGGGUACACUGUAAGCUCGGAUGGACACACCUGUGAAGAUGUAGAUGAAUGUCAAAUGCCAAAUCUGAACAAGUGUAAACAUCGCUGUCUGAACCUGAAUGGAGGAUUCACGUGUCGAUGUCACCCGGGGUACACCAAUAUUGGCUACUAUGACUGUAUACCAUGUGCUGUUGGUUACUAUAGCAACAUAACUGACUUUGAUUGUGUGAAAUGCCCUGUACUCUCUACAACCAAGGCCAUAGCGAGCAUCUCCAUCGAUGACUGUGUUUGUGUGGAGGGUUACCAUGGUAAACUGGCUCGGGGAGAGGCUUGCACAGAUGUCAAUGAAUGUGAGAUAGAUAACUUUGGAUGCGAACACAAUUGUUAUAACACCGAAGGUUCCGCGAAGUGUGGUUGUAGGGAAGGGUACCAGCUUAGUGAAGACGGCAGGAACUGCACAGAUGUGGACGAGUGUAUAUUUAACAGUCACUACUGUAUUGACCAGUGUAUCAACUUACCAGGGACAUUCAAGUGUGGAUGUAGGCAGGGCUUUGUUAUUGGAUAUGAUGGACGCUACUGCAAUGAUGUAGAUGAGUGUGCCACAGAACACUUGUGUGAGGACAGAUGUGAGAAUACCUGGGGAUCGUAUGUCUGUCUGUGUGGCAGACCAGGCACAGUGCUGGCAGCUGAUGGCAUCUCCUGUAUCCCAUCCUUUGAAAAGCUCCAGUGUCCUGAGGACAUCUUUAUUGACGUAUUCCAACACUAUCCCUUUGCUGAAAUUGAUGUCCCUGACCUUGUGAACCUGGAUCAUGUGACUGUGACCCCAGAGUGGAUUCGGAACAAGAAGGAGUAUCCUGUGGGGUCAGUGACUGUGACAAUACAGACACACCCUAACGCCCUCCUCAAUGACUCCUGUACCUUCACUAUCAAUGUCCUGGAAAUCUGUGAUGUAGGGAAAUACAAAGCUUCAAACAGCACCAAGUUUGCGGCAGUCUGUUUGAAUUGUGAAAUCGGAACCUACCAGAAUGAGCGUGAUAAAACCUCCUGUAAACACUGCUUCCAGGGAAUGUAUCAGGAUGAGACUGGCCAAUCAGAUUGCAAGUAUUGUGCACCUGGAACUUUCCAAAAUAGAACUGGUCAAUCAAAAUGUUUGUUAUGUCCUGCUGGGGCCUAUCAAGAUGAAUAUGGACAACACAAGUGUAAGAUGUGUCAUGCUGGAACAUUCCAGUGGGAGGAAGGUCAGGACAUUUGUUUCUACUGUCCUGUGGGUACGUCCCAGGAUUUAACAGGUCAGGCCAAAUGUAAGCCAUGUAAAGCAGACUAUUACCAGGACGAGAUUGGUGCCAGUCGGUGUAAAGUAUGUCCCCCUGACAUCCGGCUAUACCCGGACAAUGUGGCCAUCCAGCAGCAGUGUCCUGAACUCAACUGAAAUGUUAAAUUCUGUAAUUACAGUAACAAACUCUAAAUUCUG